ACUCUAAUAUAUUCUCGAUCUUACAGCAAUGAGAAGAUAGACAAUCCACAGUGAGCUUCUUCUUCUCCGCUCGUUUUUCUGAGGGUCAUCAAACAAAUAUUCAGAUCGAUUUAGCUGCUGAGAAAUGAGAUGGUGGUGAUUUCAGUGAAGCCCAUCUUCACCAUAGGGGUCCUCACUCUCUCUCUCAUCCUCGCCGUGCUUCUCUUAUCGCCUACUUCGCCUCUCUACAAAGCCCCUCUCUUUCUCACUUCACCCAUGAACAAGUUGGAUGUAUGGAGUGUUGAGAGGAUGGUAGAAUGGAGACCUUGCAAGUGGUGGCUAAAAGGACACCUCACUGCUCUACCAUCAAAGAGUAAUGGAUUCAUUCGGGUGGAUUGCUAUGGUGGCCUUAAUCAGAUGAGAAGAGAUUUAUGUGAUGGUGUUGGUAUUGCCCGUCUUUUAAAUGCAACCCUGGUUUUGCCAAAGUUUGAGGUGGCUGCUUAUUGGAAUGAAUCAAGUGGUUUUGCAGAUGUCUUUGAUGUUGACUACUUCAUUCAACAGAUGAAUGGCUUCAUCAAAGUUGUGAAAGAGUUGCCGUCCGAUAUUUCAUCAAAAGAACCCUUCCAUGUAGAUUGCAGCAAACGCAAAGGCCAAUUUGAUUACAUUGAAAGUGUUCUUCCUUCGCUACUAGAGCAUCAUUAUAUUUCAAUCACGCCAGCAAUGAGCCAAAGAAGGGAUAGGUAUCCUCAGUAUGCAAAAGCUUCCCUUUGUCAAGCUUGUUACAGUGCAUUACGCCUCACCAAAUCCCUGGAGAAGAAAGCCUCCGAGCUUCUUGAAGCCAUACCUAAACCUUUUCUAUCACUUCACCUUCGUUUUGAGCCUGAUAUGGUAGCUUACAGUCAAUGCGAAUACCCAGACCUUUCUUCUGUCUCCAUGGAAGCCAUUGAAGCAGCACGGGGGGAUAGAAAACCAUGGACUGGAGAGGUGGCCCAAAUUUGGAGGAAACGAGGGAAAUGCCCCCUUACACCUAAUGAGACAGCCUUCAUACUUAAAGUGCUUUCCAUCCCAACAAGCACAAACAUUUAUCUGGCUGCUGGGGACGGUCUGAUGGAAAUUGAAGGAUUAACAUCUGUUUACACCAAUGUAUUUACCAAGUCUAGCCUUCUUAGUGGUGAGGAUUUCAAAAGCAUGCAUGGGAACACGAAAGCUGCAUUGGAUUACUACGUGUCUAUUAACAGCGAUUCGUAUAUAGCAACGUAUUUUGGAAAUAUGGAUAAGAUGGUUGCAGCAAUGAGAGCUUUUAAUGGCUUGUACAAGACUCUUUUCUUAAGCAGAAGAGCUUUUGCAGAAUUCACUUUUCAAGGUUUGAGAGGGAAGGAAUUGAUGAACGCUCUAUGGAAGGCCCACAGAGAUGAUUUUGCCAUGGGGAGAGGAUCUGCUUUGCCUGAUUGCUUUUGUGAGUUCAAAUUAUGAUUUCAGAUCCCAAGUUGGUCUUUGCUUCCUUCCUGUUGUUUUUUUUCCUUCAAUUCAUUUGUGUAAUUGCUAUUACUAAUGUACUAUACAAGAACCUUUGUGGAUGCCCGUCUCUCCUACCCUGGAAUUUGGUAGGAUCAAUAUGUUCAUCAAUGUAGACAGACACCAACUCUUGGUCAAAAAAAUUAAAAUUAAAAUUAAAAAGGAGAUAUUGACUGUA